AUGGGUGGGCCAGAAGGCAGGUCGGAGCCCGCAGACGCCGAAGUCGACAUGCCGGCCCUGGAGGAAGCCGAGCCGUCUCAGUCGAGAAGCACCCUGCCCACCACUAACCUGGUAACGCUGUUUGAGUGUCCGGUGUGUUUUGACUAUGUGUUGCCGCCUAUUUUCCAGUGUCACAGCGGCCAUCUUGUCUGUGGUCACUGUCGCCCUAAACUGACCGGCUGUCCCAUCUGCCGUGGCCCUUUGGGCACCAUCCGCAACUUGGCGAUGGAGAAGGUGGCCUCAUCUGUACUGUUUCCAUGCAAAUUCACCUCCUUUGGAUGUGGACUAACUUUGUCACCUGCCGAAAAACCAGAGCAUGAGGAGCUCUGCGAGUUUCGGCCUUACUCCUGCCCCUGCCCAGGUACCUGUUGCCACUGGCAGGGGCAGUUGAACGCCGUCAUGCACCAUCUGACGAGCCACCAUAGGCCAAUUACCACCGUUCAAGGCGAAGACGUGAUCUUUCUUGCCACUAACAUCCACAUCACCGGAGCCAUAGACUGGGUCAUGAUGCAGGCCUGCUUUGGCCACCAUUUUCUGCUGAUUUUGCAGAAGAUGGACAAGUACGAAGGCUAUCGCCAGUACUUUGCCUUCGUACAGCUGAUAGGAACACGCAAUGAGGCUGACAAAUUUAAUUACCGUAUGGAGCUGAACAGUCCUCCGAGACGCAUGGCCUGGGAAGCCAGAGUCCGCUCGAUUCACGAGGGUAUCGCAGCGACCAUCAGAAACAGCGAUUGCCUGGUCUUUGACACCGACAUUAUCGAGUUUUUCGCGGUCAGUGGCAGCCUCGGCAUCAAUGUCACCAUCAGCCGUUUCUGAGAUGACCAUCGGACAUUUUCCAUUCAGCGUUUUGAAAACAUCUCAUUUUGCCGACCUCCUUGACAUCUGUGGAAACAGGAAGAAAUUGGACACAUGAAGAUCUAUAGAAGGAAAGGAUCCAGGAAACAACUGCGGAUAGUGACUGAUAGACUAAAAAAAAAUAAAAAUAAAAAAGGACAAGUAAAAGUAGUAGAAAAAGAAGAGGAAGACGAAGAAAAGCAAGUCAUCCGUAGAAUACUGGAACAAAAUAUACACCCAAGAUGGGCAUCUUUUAUAUUAACAAAGAAAUUCCUGUUAACUCACUUUGAAUUUUGUGUUUUCUGUAGAUUUAAUAGGAUGUUUCUACUAUGGUGGUUUGGUUUUGCCUGGAUAUGAAUGGGUUGGUGUGGUGAUGCUUACUAACCUGUGUAUUUUCUUUUAGCAGACAAGGCAUAAGCAGCUUUCCUGCCUGGACCUUAACUUGGACCAUUGCUUUUUUCCCCUUUCUCAGUUACUGUCUGGUGCUCCUUCUGCUGUGUGUUGUGUGUGUGUUUGCUAGAUUUUUAUUAACUCCAGAUUUUCUUAGAUUUAGCUUACUGUGACCGUAUGCUCCCCCCCCCUUGAUUUUGAGGUUGUCGAUUUAGUCUUUUUUUGAU